GAGCUGUGUGGCUGGAUGUGAGACAGCAGAAUGCUUGUGCUGCGAUGUGGAGCCUAAUGUGGAAGUAUUGCAUCUCUGUGAGGACCAUCAGCGUGGAGUGUGAUGCCCCAGGGAGUGAGCCGGGCCACCCCUCGCUGGACAGCCCCUCUGGUUACCCUCACGUCUCGCUGAGCGCCUCCGCCGUCAGCCCCGACCGCUUCGACAGCCCCUCCCUGGGGCCGCUGUCCAUCUCCCCGGGCCUCCAGCGCCCCAGGCGCUCCAAACUGCAGCAUUCCGCCUCCAUCCUACGCAAGCAAGCCGAGGAGGAGGCCAUAAAACGCUCUCGAUCCCUUUCGGAAAGCUAUGAACUCUCCUCGGAUCUUCAGGACAAACAGGUGGAGAUGCUGGAACGUAAAUAUGGUGGCCGCUUCAUAACCCGACAUGCGGCGCGGACCAUCCAGACAGCAUUCCGGCAGUACCAGAUGAACAAGAACUUUGAGCGCCUACGAAGCUCCAUGUCGGAGAACCGGAUGUCCCGGCGAAUCGUGUUGUCCAACAUGCGGAUGCAGUUCUCCUUCGAGGGUCCAGAGAAGCUCCACAGCUCCUUCUUUGAGGGCAAACAGGUGUCCGUGAGCGAGGCAGGGGGCCGGCCGGCCGGCGGCGGAGGCGGGGGGGAGCUGGGGGCUGGUGCGGGGGGCUCGGAGGUCCCCAAGCAGCCCCCCUCUCCCCACGACACGUCGGACUUUGCCGACGCGAUCACCGAGCUGGAGGACGCCUUCUCACGCCAGGUUAAGUCUCUGGCGGAGUCAAUCGACGACGCACUGAACUGUCACAGCCUGCACGCGGGGGAGGGGGGGCCUGCGGGGAAGAUGGCGGCGCCCCCCCCGGGGAUGGAGAGCGCGCGGUACGGGAAGUCCUGCCGCGAGGCCGAGCGGGGGAAACUGGACGAGAUGUCGGCCUCGUACAGCGACGUGACCCUGUACAUCGACGAGGAGGAGCUGUCGCCCCCCCCUCUGCCCGUCUCCCUCCACCCCGGCGACCGGCCGUCCAGCGCGGAGUCUGACCUGCGCCUGCGCUCGCUCAGCUCCGCCCAGGAAUACUGGGCACUCACUCACCGGGACGACAAGGGGGAGACCGACAACAGCUGCCGCAGCACCCCCUCGCUGGAGUGCCAGGAGUCCCGCCUGCGGGUGGACCACCUGCCGCUGCUCACCAUCGAGCCCCCCAGUGACAGCUCCGUGGACCUCAGCGACCGGUCCGAGAGGGGCUCCCUCAAGAGGCAGAACGCCUACGACCAGAGUGGGCCCGGCAGCCAGCGGGCUAGCCCCAAGCACGGCCCCCACCCCCACCCCCACUCCCACCCGCACCCCCUCCCCACCAGGGUGCUCCACCGCGACGACGAGAUGACCCGGCACCGGCACAGGCCCCUGGACGGGCACCUGGCCAUCAACGGCAAUGCCAACCGGCAGAGCAAGUCAGAGUCGGACUUCUCCGACGGUGACAACGACAGCAUCAACAGCACCUCCAACUCCAACGACACCAUCAACUGCAGCUCGGAGUCCUCGUCCAGGGACAGCCUCCGCGAGCAGACCCUCAGCAAACAGACCUACCACAAGGAGACGCGCAACAGCUGGGACUCGCCCGCCUUCAGCAACGACGUCAUCAGGAAGCGGCAUUAUCGCAUCGGCCUCAACCUCUUCAACAAGAAACCAGAGAAAGGGGUGCAGUAUCUGAUCGAGAGGGGGUUUGUCCCUGACACCCCGGUCGGUGUGGCUCACUUCCUGCUCCAGAGGAAAGGUCUGAGCCGGCAGAUGAUCGGGGAAUUUCUGGGCAACCGGCAGAAACAGUUCAACCGCGACGUGCUUGACUGUGUGGUGGACGAGAUGGAUUUCUUGGGAAUGGAGCUGGACGAGGCUCUGAGGAAAUUCCAGGCGCACAUCAGGGUUCAGGGAGAAGCUCAAAAAGUGGAACGUCUCAUCGAAGCCUUCAGUCAGCGUUACUGUAUCUGUAACUCGGGGGUGGUCCGGCAGUUCCAAAACCCCGACACCAUCUUCAUCCUGGCCUUCGCCAUCAUCUUGCUCAACACCGACAUGUACAGCCCCAACGUCAAGCCAGAGCGCAAGAUGAAGCUGGAAGAUUUUGUGAAGAACCUGCGAGGCGUGGACGAUGGAGAGGACAUCCCCAGAGAGAUGCUGAUCGGUAUUUACGAGCGAAUCCGCAAACGAGAGCUCAAGACAAACGAGGAUCACGUGUCUCAGGUCCAGAAAGUGGAGAAGCUGAUCGUGGGCAAGAAACCGAUCGGAUCCCUGCACCACGGCCUGGGUUGUGUUCUCUCGCUCCCUCAUCGUCGGCUCGUGUGUUAUUGCCGACUGUUCGAGGUUCCGGAUCCCAACAAACCUCAGAAGCUGGGAUUACACCAGAGGGAAAUCUUCCUGUUCAACGAUCUCCUUGUGGUUACAAAGAUCUUUCAGAAGAAGAAGAACUCUGUGACCUACAGCUUUAGACAGUCCUUCUCUCUCUACGGGAUUCAAGUUCUUCUCUUCGAGAACCAAUAUUACCCGAAUGGAAUCCGAUUGACGUCCGCUAUCCCAGGGGCCGAUGUCAAAAUCCUCAUUAACUUCAACGCCCCCAACCCUCAGGACCGCAAAAAGUUCACCGACGACCUGCGGGAAUCCAUCGCCGAAGUCCAGGAGAUGGAAAAAUACCGAAUAGAAUCUGAGCUGGAGAAGCAGAAGGGUGUGGUCCGCGUCAGCAUGUCCCAGAGCUCCGGCCUGAAGAAGGAUUCGGGGAACGGGACGCUGAGCAGGGCCAGCCUGGACGACAGCUACGCCACCAGCGAGGGUCUGAAGAGGAGCGCCCUGAGCAGCUCUCUGCGGGAUCUCUCGGAAGCAGGAAAGCGUGGGCGACGCAGCAGUGCAGGAUCGCUAGACAGCAAUAUGGAAGGAUCCAUCAUUAACAGCCCUCAGGGACCCCGCAGAGCUGCUUCCUCGCGAGGGGAUUACCCAACCCGCCAUCACCAGCCCUUGUCAAACUCAGCCUCCCUCCUCGGCUCCCUGUUCGGCACCAAGAAAGGCAAAGGCUCGGCCCAGGGUUACUCUGUGCCCGGCCCCUCCUCGCAGCCUCCGCUGCCCUCCCACCUCGCACAGAGCGAGGGGCAGAGCCAACCGCUCCACGCCCUGCACUCCCAGUACUGCCACCUGCAACAGAGCCAGCCAUUGCCGCCCCCGUACCACCAUCACCACCACUACCACCCGCCCCAGCACGCCCCCCUCUCCUACCCCCAGCACUCUCCCCACCCCCAGCACCCUCCCCACCCCCAGCACCCUCCCCACCCCCUGCACCCACCCCACCCCCAGCACCCACCCCACCCCCAGCACCCACCCCACCCUCAGCCACAUUCCCAACACGCUGCCCAUUCCCAACACGCCCCCCAUCACCACGGACAGCCCCCCACCACUCCAGCCCCCGCCGGCACCAAGACCAAACACGCCAGCGGCAUCAGCACAAUCGUCUAGGGCGGGCGAGCGAGCGAGGGGAAAGGGCGUCAGAGAACGAGCGAGCCUGUGGUCACGGUGCCACACACGGCUCCGGCAACACAGAGGAGGCAACCACCGACGGACAGUCGUGCGGAGCUGAACCUGCGGACUUUAACCAACGAUGGCACUCGUAUUAAUCUGCGUGCUCCGAGACAGCAUCAGCUCCCAUUCACCCCCCCCCCACACUCGAGGAACAGAUUUCACACCCCAUCUCCCACCCACACCCCCACCCAGAGUAACGUCACAACACACAGCUCGUCUCGGCUUUAGCUGGUUGGUUGAUUUCCCCGAGAGAGAGAGAGAGAAAGACCGCCCAGUCUCACUUUGCCUUCCGUCAGCCUGGGAAUGGUGGGGGUGUGGGGGGGGUGGAGAGGAGGAG